AAGGCGGGGAGCUCGCGCGGGAGCAAUUUCACUGACAGACGCCGAACAUGAACUCACCUCAGGAGCGCUGAUUUACCUGCUUACACCUGAACCACGGCGUUUCGCGAAGCCUUGAGAGAAAAACCUCUCCGAAGAGGAUAUUUAAUCCUAAACAUUUGCGUUUGACGCGCGCUGUCAGUCAGAAGAGCGCACUGAGGUAACGUAAAAACCAACGGAUUUCAUUCCGCGAAUGCUAAUCUCUCCGCCACGGGCUUUAUUAUAAACAAACAUCUCCAGAGGUUCCUCUGAUUGUUAUUUCACCUGAUUGGCGGAUUUCUGCCUGGUUUCGGCUGUUUGUAUGAUGGGAAGAAGUAAAAAGACUGCGAGAAGAGAACGAGGCGGAUCGGGAUACUUAGCGCAGAUGAUAACUGUGCUAGUUUGUACUAUUUUAUCGCUCGUCAACACCGGUUCGGCUCAAGAUGACGACUAUCUGGGAUUGGGUGAACUCCCGGAGACGUUCCCCUCGGAUCCGCCCGAGCCGCUCCCACACUUCCUGAUGGAGCCGGAGGAGGCGUACAUCGUCAAGAACAAGCCCGUUAACCUGUACUGCAAAGCCACGCCGGCCACGCAGAUCUACUUCAAGUGCAACAGCGAGUGGGUCCAUCAGAAGGAGCACACAGUGGAGGAGCGCGUGGACGAGACCUCAGAGUCGAGCGUCUCUCAGCUCAUUUUAGCAUGUUUUGCCCGUUACUUUAGCGCCGCCGUUUCCUGUGAUGACGACAUUCAGCGAAUCAUGAGCCGCUGGCACCUCUAG